UUUUGUGAAGCGAAAAACAAGAUAUUUGUUUUAAGUAAAUGAGAACCUGCCAUGAUCAUAAAUUGCUGUGUUUUGUUGCAGAAUUAGUAUUAUUGUAGUAUUUUCCCGCAGAGAUAAUGUUUUUUGGAAGUGUGAUACGCUCAGUGUUAUCCAUUUAGGUUUAACAGUUAAACUUAUGUUGUUUCUAAAUUGAAAAAGCGCUGAGAAAGCACCAUGUACUCACAUAAAGCAGAACAUUGGAAUGCUUCGUCUUCUACAAACUAUGAAGCAUUAGAUACGAUGCAAUCUCACAUUGAUCUUGAUAUACCGAGCUACUACCCCCCUGAAUAUAACGAUCAAUGGCAAACUACUAAUGGCAACCACCCAUCAGUGCGUCAGCGGUCUUACGGCGCUGCUUACCAAGUACCCAACAAUACAUUUACGCAAAUUUACCCCGCAAAACCAAGAUAUAUUGCAAACCAAAUGAACCAAAAUUUACCAUUGUACAUGGUCUCAGUAAACGGUAUUCAAUCCACAAAGAACGCGCACGUACAUGACGAUAGUUUCACUGCUACAAGCAAAUCCCACACAGAUCUUGAGGCUGCGAUUAAACAUUGUAAACAGAUCGAAGCGGAUAAAGCUGGACAAUAUGAAACCUUUCCUGUUGAGAAUCCAUUAUUUACCCACCAAUAUCCUCAUGUUACCAAAGACAACGGGGUGUCGUCUCCAGAAGAAAUGUUUAUAAUAAAAAACAAGCCGAUAAUUUAUCAACUGAGGGAACAAGUACAAUCACUCAAACAAGAAAUGGGCGAACUGCGAGGCAAAACGUUCAACUUCAAGAAAGAAAUAUCUCAAAUGUUUCAACAACUGCUUCAGCUCAACCAGUUGAUCAACAGACGAAGUUACAUUCAACGUGAUGACGUCAUGUACAGGGAAACCAUGGUAACCAAACAAACACUGAACACAGCAUGUGCGACGAAAUUGAAAGAUAAUGACACCGACUGUGAAAAACAAAACAUUCAAUUUGUUAAUAGUUUAAACGAUAAUCAAUGUGGGGAUGAAAAGAUGAAAGAAGAGGGAGCGUCCAGGUUGGAAAGUUUGGUUGAGGAUGAAAUUCCGUUAAAUGUUGGCUCGAGUAAAGUGACAUGUAAAGAAGAAGUUGAAAGAGGGGGUGUAUUUACUUCUUCCGCCGGUACCAAAUAUAUGUGUAAUGGGACAGGCCGCACAGUGGCACUCUUAGCUGAUCGAAAGAAGAAAAUAACGAUAUUGAAUCGGAACGACAACCUUCGCAUCCUACCAAUCCUUAGCGAGUCUAACGCGGCGCUCCACACAAGCGAAUGCAGCAUCGAUUCAGGUUACCAAGAUUCUUCCAUGACGUCACCGCGAGAUCGACGCGAACAAACAUCAUUAGUUGUCACGCCAGCUUCACCAUUAUGCGAAUCAUUGAUCGAAGAAAAUGAAACUGUUACCUAUAUUUCACAGCGUAUUGAUGAUUCAACAACCAAUACCGAAACUUUGUCACGCGAUGAUUGUUUUGCGAUGGAAGACAGAGGAAAAAGUUCAAAAACAGAAGUAGUGUUUGAAGCGAACUCUUCGUUACAGCCAAGCGGACAAACUUACCUCAACACGACGUGUAUAAACUUACGACCGGUCACGGUUGAUUCUAAACCGAAACCACGUGCUCCGAGAAAAAUAGUCAAGUCAAACGAUAUUGAGGUCCGACCUGUCCCUAAACAUCGAACUGUAUUUGUUAAAAUUGACGAACAUCCUGUUUCGACAUAUGACGUCACAACUACUAGAAAGAAACAAGUGACAGAAUAUUCACAAAGUGUUUUUUGUAACGAUGGCGGAUUGGAUACACAAAACAAUUCUCCCCAAUGCCAAAAAGCAGAUGAGACAUUAGACACUUCAGUUUCGUCUAGCGAAGGAAUGAGUACAAAUUCGCCAUGUGUACAAAGGAGAGUUAAACUUGGGGUCAGCGCAAUAUCGAAACCCUGUGGAAAUCUCGCUCUACAAGAACGAAUUUCUAUCAAAGAAGGGAAGUCUCGUAAAGCUGCUCAGGCAAAACAAGAGCUUCGACAAAAAUUUGCUGCAGUGUUCGAGAAAUCGAAUAUCGAAAGCGGUGCCAUGGAGCCAAAGGUAGCGGAGAAUGAAGCAUCUAUUGUAAGAAGACGGUCCAUGAGGAUGAUGACAGAAUUUCAAAUCUUUGAUUUCAAUGAAAUUGUUUCAAACCCUGAUUCGGAAAAAAAAAUUAGUAACGACGUCAUUUCUCAGUUGCAUUACUCUAACGUAUCACUCGACACAUCUAUCGGUGAUUUAUCAGCAAAUAAAACUGAUCAACUGCAGCAGAAUGCCAACCAUGCACGUGUACAUUCUCCAACUUUACGGAGUAUGACGCCACUUCAGCAAACCCUCUGCUCUCUUACGCCACCUCCUGUCACUUUACCAUCGACAGAGGCAAAAUGUCCUUCAGUGAGUGGAUCUCUAGCAAGUUUGAUGUGUGAGGUUCACCCCAUACCACAGCCUUCACCACAACGGGCACAAUCAGUGUUUAACGCUCUUGUACUUCGUCCCAAACCUGCAUUUCCUGGUGUAUCUUGUGAUGCAGCCACAAAUAACUCACCCAUACCUUCUUUGGGUGGUCAGCUUAUAACACCAAGUGGAAGAUCUGCAUUCACACCAGUGGCCCCCAGUCCCCACAUGCUCACCCAACCUGCCCCUCUUAAAAACAUUGAAAUAUCAACCGGACCCACUAACCAACCACUAAUUGAUGACACAAAACGACGAGUUUCCCUUCCCACAAGCAUUGUUUCCAACAAACGGAACGAACUUCCACACACACGAAGUCGCGAUGACUUGGUUCACUCAUCACCAACCGAGCACAACGUUUUCUUUCAUCGCGGUUACUCUCUCAGAGUGCCGAAGAAAGGAGUGGUACAAACCCCUACCCGUCUAGGGAAACCACCCAUUACAUCAGAACCGACUGGAAACGUGGCGGACAUGCCCCAACAAACAUCUGAGACAAUUAAGUCACCGUCCGUCGCCAAACACAAUUCAAUCAAAGUCGUUAGACAAGAAAUAGAAGCAAGACAGUCGACAGUAGCACAGAAAAAAUCGAUACGGAAAAAGAAAAGUGUAACUAAUACACCUAUGAGUACAAAACCAAAAGCAGUUGAAAGAAGCCAACCAAUCCAACAGUCUAUACAUCAAUCAAAACAACUGACAUCUAAAAAAGCACCACAGCAUCACGUGACACGUGCCAAAGAAGACAAACAUGUUUAUGAAACUGUAAAGAAACACCCGGAACCAGCUGCUGAGAAACGAGAAUUGCAACGCCAGCAAGUAGACGCUAAUUCUAGGUUUAUGCGACCACAAGACAGGGCUGCCAAGUCUGGAGGCAAAAAAUCAACUGUUGCUUUAUUAAGAGCGAGCAUUAUGGGCAGAAAAGCAAAUAUAACAAAUGAGAAAAAAUGCCAAGAAUCAUCAGAGGCGAUUUCCUCGAAUGCUACGAAACAGAAAAGUUUUGUGACCGAAGUAAAAUCGAAUGCCUCGAAUUCAUUUAAAAAAUCAAGGGAAGAAACGAACAAACGUGCUGGUAUGAUGAAAAAAAGUUCCAGGCAGUUUGCCGGCAAGCAACAAGUAACAGGAAAAGUGACAACGAGAGUGAACCAGUGUGAAAGUAAGAGAAUGGAUGCUGAUAGUGAGGUAAUGGACAAAUUCUUAGACGCCGCUGUCGCGUCACAUAUAGUGAGGUCACCAUUGCAAAAACUCCGAUCCUCGUUUCGAACUCCGAGAAACAAAAACAAACUUAUGCAGAUGUCAAGGGUCAAAGACGACAUGGAAAUAUCAAAGUAUGGCCCGCUUGGUGUCGUUAAUGGUAAAUUAGUAAAUCGACAAGAACAGUUUACAUAUGUUUGAUCGAAAGCUGUUUUUUUGGAAAGCGACUAACAAUCAUAAAACGAUAAUGGUUUAGAAAUAUUAAUAUUUUGUUACAGCACGUCCAAUUAAAGCGCACAUUUGUUAGGACUGUUUUGUGUGAAAUGCUCAUGACAUUCAAUGUUUGUAUCUAACAAUCUUGGUGCAUUUUGGGUCUAAAUUAAAAUAAAACAACUUGAAACAUUA